GUCAACAGUUCUUUGCUCAAUUAACCACUCGUUUAUGUUUGGAAUGGCUGAUCAUCAAACUGGUUGUUGGUCGUCCAAGACAAAUACAGAAAAAAAUAUCACCCAGAAAAGAAGUGGAUCAAGAAUGAGAUAAUCACCUAUAAAUGCAUCAAGAAGCCUUAGAUGAAAUCAAAAUAGGACUUGCAUGUAGGGAUUGGUUCUCAAUCUCAUACUUCAGUUUUGUCUGUUGCCGAGGGAUCAACACUAAGCCUAUCUUUCUCCAUUUUUUUUUUUUUUUUUCACAUUAUCAAUGAUCAUUAGUAGAUUAUUAGUAUCAUUGAGCCAAUUACAUUGCUACACCAGAUGAACCUUCCCCUAAACAAUAGUAUAGAUAAACAAAAGGAAACAAGUCUUGCCUAAUAAAAGAUCUAAUGGCUUCCAAAAGCAUUACUGCCUCAACUUCAGCAGCCAAAGAUGCCGAUGCUGAAGCAUUAGCAUGUUUACUAACACCUAAACCUCCCUCGGGCGAUCCACAUAUUCCAGAAGACUCAUUCCAUCUAGCAUACAUUGUCUACUUCAUACUCGGAGCAGGUUUCAUACUCCCAUGGAAUGCAUUUGUCACGGCCGUUGAUUACUUCAGCUAUCUCUACCCAGAUGUCCCUGUGGACAGAGUCUUUGCGGUGGUUUACAUGAUCAUAAGCUUGAUAGGCCUUGUUGUGGUCCUAUCUUUAGCUCACAAGUCAAGUUCUCUGCUGAGGAUUAAUGUCGGACUCGGGCUAUUUGUGGUGGCCUUGCUUGUGGUUCCUAUCAUAGAUGUGUGCUAUGUGAAGGGUAGAGUUGGAGUUUAUGGAGGGUACUAUGUGACUGUGUGUUUAGUUGGGCUUUGUGGGGUUGCAAAUGCUUUGGUUCAAGGUAGUCUUGUUGGGGCUGCUGGGGAGUUGCCUGAAAGAUAUAUGCAAGCUGUGGUGGCUGGAACUGGUGCUUCUGGAGUUCUUGUUGCAGUCCUGAGACUUUUAACCAAAGCUGUUUAUCCACAAGACACUCGAGGGUUAAGAAGCAGCGCGGAUCUUUACUUCGCCGUAGCCAUUAUUAUGAUGGUUCUGAGCAUAAUGUCAUAUAAUGCGGGGCAUAAACUUCGGGUCAUCAAAUAUUAUACCAAACUCAAACAUCAAGCCUUGAACUAUGAGAAAGAAGCGAGAGGCGGCGAUUUGACCAGAAAACUAUGGAGUUCAACCAUCUGGAAAACUUUAGGCGCUAUCAAAUGGUAUGCAUCUGGCUCCAGCAUGAUUUGCAUUGUGACAAUCUGUAUAUACCCGGGAUACAUUACAGAAGACGUGCAUUCGGCGAUUUUCAAAGAUUGGUAUGGGAUUGUUUUGAUCACCGGCUUCAAUAUUUUGGACUUGAUUGGUAAAUGCCUAACUUCAGUAAUCCUCAUUGAGAAUUCCAAGUUUGCAAUCGGUGGUUCUUUUAGCAGGGUGUUGUUUUUGCCUCUCUUCUACGGGUGCAUGCAUGGUCCCAAAUUCUUCAGAACUGAAAUCCCUGUUUCAAUUCUAACUUGUCUUUUGGGAUUCACCAAUGGCUACUUUAGCAGUGUUCUGCUGAUUUUAGGUCCAAAAACUGUGCCAUUGCAGCAUGCGGAGACUGCUGGGAUAGCUCUUGUGUUUUUCUUGAUGAUUGGUCAGUCAAUUGGCUCUGUCGUUUCUUGGUUUUGGGUCAUUUAGUCCCCUAAUUAGGGAGAGAGAGCAUUUUUCCAUCUAUUGCUAAAUUUGCACAGCACGAAUUUGUAACUCCAAUAAUUGUAUACAACGUUUGAAACAAUUUCAUGUUUGUGUUUUUGUUGUUGAAUCUAGGGAUCAAUGAUAAGAUUACAGAAGCCAAAAAAAUGCAAUAUGAAGAUAAUAUAAACGAACUUUUCAUUAAAAAUCAAAUAAAUAGAUUGUUGAAGCAAAAUUAAGCACCAUGGAUAUGCAAAAUUGUACGCUUGAUAUCCUAUCUACCACAGGCACAAACCCAGAAAUCUUCGUAAUAAAGAUUUAUUUCGUCAAGUCAUAUGUUAAUAACCUUUUCUUGACAAUUCCACAAUCCAGGGCAUCCAAAUCCUUAAGACCCAUUAGACUGGGGACUGAACUACCAACAUCUUUGAGUUGAUCUUGGAGUCUCUCCGGUAUUUUCCCCCGCUUUCCAUUCACAAAGUUGCACAAGUACAUAACACCAGCGUUUGCCAGCUCCUGCUUAGCUUCCAGUGACAGAAGUUUGUCAUCCAACCCAUUAACCACCCGCUGCAAUUCUUCCAAAUCAAAGUUAAUUUGGGACAGAUCAUCAUGGACCUCACCGACAUCGGAUUUAAUCAGCUUCGAAAUCUCCAUUUGCUCGUCCAAUUUCCCAUCCAAGUUCUCAAUCCUGUGUGUCAAGUGCUUCUUAGUCGAAGCCAGAGCAUCCGAAACGUUCUCCAAAUGCUUCGUCAAAUUCUCCACGGCAACCGACAUACCAUGCUUCGUGACGUACAUGAAAUCCGAGAAUGAAAUUCCCUUCCACCACAUAUAUCCAUAGCCCAAAGCGCCCAAAGUAGCCGCCGGGACCAAAACAGAUGAUGCGGUUAAACCGCCGCUAUUCCCGGAAUCCCCGUUGAUGAUCACUGGGCGAUUAGCGAAUCCACGCAUUUCCUCCGCCAAUCGACGAACCUGUUCAGACACAUCGUCCGAUGAAGAUUGGGUUUCUACUUCCCCUCUGUUCUCGUACUUCUUGAUCAAUUUAUGGAGUUCGGCAAUCACAUCGGACAAUUACCGUUCCUCAUCAGAAUUGUCCCCGUGUAUCCCGUGCCGACAAUCAUGAGGAGCCUGGUGACUCCCAUACCAGCUUGCAAAGCCAUGGUCGACCACCACCGGAGCUGUGAUCAGAUUAAAGAGUGUGUCUUCUAUUAGGGUAUAAAUUCUACUGUAAUUUGUCUGCUUCCGGUGCGGUAGUUAUAUUAUUCUCCAAUGAUCACUGAGGCCCAGUAUUUUGUUAUUAAUAGGCUUUGACUUACUGCCCAUGCAAACUCUGGGCCGUGAUAAUGAUGAAACUUUUUCGUCAGGAUAGGGCCCAGUAGCUAGCCGGUGACGGUGUUU